AUGAGCCUGGUGGUAUGGAGGGACCUGGUGGUGUACCGCGUGCGCCGGCGCCUGCUGGUCAGUGUGCUAGAGCUGAGCGCACCGGUGCUCCUGUUGGCUCUGUUCUGGUUCUCGUCGGCUGCCCUCCCGGACAUAAGAAGGGUGCGAUUAGACGCCGGAGCAGCUGGACCACGCCGAGACCCCUGCGACGCGCCCUACAAGGGACACAGGCUCGCCUUCGCGCCGAAGACGAGUCCUUACGCUCGGGAGGUGCUGCUCAGGGCAUUCCCGGAGCUCGCGGCAGCCAAGGAGCUGGCCGGCUUCGACGAUAGGGAUCACGUUCUCAAGGAAGCGAGGUCCGGCGCACUUGAUGCCGCCGUGGCAGUGCUGUUUGACGACAUCGAAAAGGCUAGCGGCGCCUCUGGGGCCCUGAACGCUCCCGGGGACCUCAACUACACGCUGCUGUUCGACGAGACGCUGCCUCCUCAGCGAUUCACCUUCCGGUGUCCUGGACCGCGAGUGAUCGACGAUGACUUGGAGGAAAUGCUUGCAAGUACUGUGUGGCCUGUUCAAUGUCGACUGAAUCGAGCCCACUUGGACCUGUAUGCCGAAACGAGGAAAAUAGAGCCGAAGCCCCCCGUGAUAAAGGUUCGCAUGAAGCGCUUCCCGCUACCGGCGAUGGAGACGGACGUGGGGGCAUGCCAGCCACUCUACCCUUGGUUCGCGAUGUUCUUCUUCGAGAUCGGCUUUCUGCCGCUUUGUCUUAACUACCUGUACCGCUUCGUCGAGGAGAAAAUCAAUGACAAAAGGGAGUGGAUGCUUAUCCAAGGCAUCCGCAACGGCGCCUUCCUGUGCGGCAAGGGCCUGGCUUGCUUUGUGUUCGCCUCGUUGCCCUGCCUGGUCGCCAUGUCUGUGCUUACGUGGCCCCAACCCGAGUUGCUGUUUACAGCGCUGAUCUACUCUGAACCGACCGUGCUUCUCGCCACCAUCUUCCUGCCCUACGUUGCGAAGCUGGCCGCGUCCUGCGUGCUCUUCGGCACGCUCUUCAUGAAUAGAUGGUUUUGCGCCCACGCCUUCACACUCUGGUGGCUCGUGGGAGCCAUUGUUGCCCUGGACUUCGAGGCGGAGUUCAGCGACCUCUACCGUUUCGUGUUGUGCCUGUUCAUGCCCAACUUCUGGCUCACGAUCGCCGUGCGUGCCAUAUGGAACUGCGAACGGAGAGGUGUGGGCAUCUAUUGGGCGAAUCUAGGCGAUAUGGGUGGCUGGCCAGUGAUGGUGUCGUCGCCGCUGUCGCUGGUUCUGCUGGUGGCGCUGGUGUGGUACCUCGACUCCGUAUGGCCCUGGCCCGAGAGGAUGCGCCGCAAGAACGUCCAGUUCGUGUUUCAGGACGAGUUCUGGCAGGAUUCGCCGGACGCUGCCAACCAGCGUCAGGCGCCCGAAAAGCACUGCUGCAAUCCGGCAGGCGAGCCUGUAGUAAGCAUGGUGGACGUCGCGAAACGUGUGGGCGAUAUUCAGAUGCAGCACUUGUCCAUCGACUUCAUCCGCAAUCGCAUCACGGUUAUCUUUGGUCACAGCGGUUCCGGCAAGAGUACACUCGUCAAGAUGAUUUGUGGAAUUCUGCGCCCGGAUGACGGCAACAUCUACGUCCACGACGUCAGCGUUCAAUACUCGCUUUCCGAGACGCGGUCUUUCAUCAGCUACUGCGCUGAGAACAGCACACUGUUCGACUUCAUGACGGUCCAGGAGCAUAUUCAGCUGUCGAAGCUGCUGAACGCGUCGAGCCCUUCUCCGGCUUCGCGGCGCGAAGUGGACAUAGCGUUCCUCCUGAAGAGCUUGCGGCUGUCCGACUACGCGAACACCGUCAUCAGCACUCUCGCCGAGGGCGUCAGACGCAAGGUGGCUCUCGCCGUGGCGCUGUCCCGACCCGCUGACGUGCUGGUGCUCGACGAGCCGACCUCGGGCAUGGACGCCAUCAGCCAGGCCGACGUGUGGAAGUUGUUGUUCGCCAUGCGUCGGUCUUCAACGAUCAUCAUGACGACAAACAAGUCGGCCGAAGUGGACGUGCUGGCUGACCGCGCAGUGGUGCUGGCACGAGGCGUCGUCCAGCUCAACGAUGACGUGGACAAUCUGCGCAAUGACCUCAGGCUGGGUUACCGUCUCUGCCUACUCCGACACGAGCUCGCUGUGGCUGCGGCUAUCACCAGGCGCCUCGUUUCGCGGAUGCCCAAGCUCCGGGUGCUGUCCGUGAUUGGACUCGAGAUCAUGUUGUACAUGCCCGAAGUGACCAUGGCGAAGGCGCGGGAGUUUGCCCGCUCGAUACGCAACGAGCAGCUCUACAUGGGCAUCACGCACGUCGGGGAUCCCUACCGCACCAUCGAAGACGGCGUCAUGAGAAUUUGGGGACGUAUCCACCAGCCGGACUACACAGCAACUUCCAAUCCUGACCUCAUGCUUGAAGCCCUGCGCCUGCACCUCGUGCGCCCCGAGCGCCCGCAUUUCUGUGUGUCCGUAUGGCAUCGCUUCGUGGCCCUGUCGGCCAAGAAACUGCGGCUCUUAUGGGCUUACCGGCUUAUGCUGCUGUGCGCGUUUGUAGCCAACGGAGUGCUGUUCUACGUGCUCUACGAGUCGCUCACAGACCGCGUCGCACCGCUGGGCGCCAGUCGCGGCCUGGUGCGUCUCGAAGCUGCCAGCGUGGGACUCGCGGCAUUCGUUCACGACUGGCGGCCGAGCCCCGAGUUUGCGGGCGUCGUGAUACGGUCGCUGCUCGACGAGAGUGGCAUCGACCACCAGGUUCCGCUCAUGGAGGAGCCCGAGCUCUACCUGAGCUCGCUGAGCGCCCGUCAGUGGCGCCAGCAGGGGUGGGGCAUUGAGAUCCAUGCCGGCAUGCCUGGUCCAGGUGGAAGCGGCCACUGGGUGACCCUGUGGUGGUCGGGCGAGCGAUGGGCCACGAGCGGCGCCGCUCUCACAAUGCUGCACGCCGCGCAGCUGGCCAACGCGUCGCGGGUGCGCGGUUCCCGGAUCAACGCCCAGGCCGGCUCGCUGCCCAACGCUCGCUGGACGCCCAGCGCCCAGCAGGUGCUGGAACACGCCUUCAACGAAGUCCCCGUGGUGGCGUGCGUGCUUGCCGUGUCGGCUGUGCUCGCCCCAAUGACCGGCCUGUUCGCCGCCAUACCGUACUCGGAGUACCGCAACGGGCUGCAGCUGCUGCAGCUUAUGAGCGGCCUGCUGAGUUUCGACUACUGGCUCAGCCACUUCCUCUGGGACUUCGUAGUGCUCCACGUGCUCGGCUUCUGCGUACCCGUGACGCCAGCCUGGCUCUGGUUCUUCGGCGACAGAGGCGUCCGCUUCCUGCGUGCGUUUUGA